GUCGGGAUAACAAUUGAUAAAUGAUAAGAGGUUUGCCGUUAAUUGAUUUUGCCCUUGUGAUACGAGUCUUAGUCUUAUGUUUUUUUAAAUUUUUAUGAAUUAUUAUUAUAAUAAUGUUUGAGGUAUAAAAUGUAAAAAUCGAGGAAUAUUUCUUUGUCAUUUGAUUUAUCACAGAAAUAAUACGCAAAUUCCUAAUCACCUAUAGUAAACAACGCUACGUGAGUUUUUCCUGUUAACCAUAACAGAUAAUUGUAAUAAAUCACGCCACGCGCGUGAACCAAACAAUUUGUGUUGAAAUUCUUUGGUGUGCCCUAUCCAAAGUACAUAUUAGCCAUAACUGGCUCGGAAGCAACAACAACUAGACACGCCGAAGCCUAGUCAAUUGACUCCCCGCAGAGGAUCAACACCUCCAGUCAUCGAAAAGAAAUAAUGAGUGACCAAGAACAAGCCAGCAAGUGGCAGAAGGUGGCAGACCUCAUCGGUCAGCUUGGGUUACUGUCCAAAGAACCAAGACAACUACUAACCGACUGUGUUGACCGGAUGACGACACAUCAGCUGUUACAGGACCCUGUACAUGCUGCAAUCUACUACCGGGGCUGGGAUGACCGCACCACCGACAUCCAGCAGAUGUUGAGGACCCAGCCAUCAACCAGACCACUACAGCCGCACCCGCCAAAGCCAGUCAACCAACCAAUCCAAACUGUGACGUCCGUAACGCCCAGGGAGCCGACAACGGUAUUCGGACUGUCAGGGACAGCCCCACCACCGAUGGUGAGGAAGAAGAUGAAGGCACAGCUAGCGCGUCAAAAACGCAGGUUCCAGCAAAUAAAAAAGAAGAUAAAUGCUAGGAUGCUUAUUACCAGCCAGCAAUCGCAGCUAGCAAAGCUCCCUAAACCGACUUAGGAUUCAUAUAUUUGUACAAAAUGUCAAGAAUCUGAAUAAAUUUUAGCAUCAUGAUAAAUAUUAUACUCUAUAAUUGGUAAAUUAGUAUACAUUUUAUUAGAUUUAUCUUCAUUUAAUUCUGGUGUAAUUGUUUCAUUUAAUCUCUGUUGAUAAUAUUAAAAAUUUAGCUAAGCAUCAAAACACUAAAAAAAAAUAAAUUAUUUUGUAAUAUGGUAAUACCUACUUACCAUGUUA